ACACACACAUUAAAAACGGAUUUCCUGUAAAUGAAGAGAGGAGGAGCAACACUGAAACACAUUCACUUAGUUCAGACUCAGAAUCUUGAGUCCCGCAAGAGGAAGAGAGCUGCGGCCAACUCAGACUGACUGCAGACCAGAAGAUGAGCGUUUGUGUGGAGGAAGACGAGGACAGAGCAGAGUCUCCAGUGUCCAGCUGUCUGUCUAUGAAGAGUGACUUCUCCAAAGAUGAACCUCCAUUCUUCAGUAAUGAGCCUCGACCCUCAGACACACAAGUUCAGUUCAUCAGACAGAGAGCAGAGUCUCCAGUGUCCAGCUGUCUGUCUAUGAAGAGUGACUUUUCCAAAGAUGAACCUCCAUUCUUCAGUAAUGAGCCUCGACACUCUGACACACAAGUUCAGUUCAGCAGACAGAGAGCAGAGUCUCCAGUGUCCAGCUGUCUGUCUAUGAAGAGUGACUUUUCCAAAGAUGAACCUCCAUUCUUCAGUAAUGAGCCUCGACCCUCUGACACACAAGUUCAGUUCAGCAGACAGAGAGCAGAGUCUCCAGUGUCCAGCUGUCUGUCUAUGAAGAGUGACUUUUCCAAAGAUGAACCUCCAUUCUUCAGUAAUGAACCUCGACCCUCAGACAAACAAGUUCAGUUCAGCAGACAGAGAGCAGAGUCUCCAGUGUCCAGCUGUCUGUCUAUGAAGAGUGACUUUUCCAAAGAUGAACCUCCAUUCUUCAGUAAUGAACUUCGACCCACAGACACAAACUUUGGUACAUCCGGAAACUCCUCCUUUUCCCAUCUUGGAGAGAAAUCCACCACAAGACCUGGACUGCAGACAGCCAUUCAGACCAACACUCUACAAAAGAGCAAUGGUCUGCAGGAGGUUUUAGAUGAACACAAGAUCAGUCUGAGGACGAGAUGUGAAUGUGUGACUGAAGGAACUGAUAAAGCAGGAAGUGGAACCCUCCUCAACAGGAUCUACACUGAGCUCUACAUCACAGAGGGACAGAGUGAAGAGGUCAAUACCCAACAUGAGGUGAUGCAGCUUGAGACAGCUUCCAAGAUGGAGACCCUCCAUGAGACUCCAAUCAAGUGCCACGAGAUCUUUAAAGCCUUACCUGACCAACAGAGACACAUCAGAGUGGUUCUGACGAACGGCGUUGCUGGCGUUGGAAAAACCUUCUCAGUGCAGAAGUUCACUCUGGACUGGGCAGAGGGUUUGGAAAACCAAAAUGUCAGUCUGGUGGUUCUGCUUUCGUUCAGGGAGCUGAACUUGAUCAAAGAUGAGCAGUACAGUCUUCUCAGGCUGCUCCAUGUCUUCCAUACAACAUUACAGAAGGUCACAGCAGAGCAGCUCGCUGUCUGUAAACCUUUGUUCAUCUUUGAUGGCCUGGAUGAAAGCAGACUUUCCCUGGAUUUCAAUAACAAAGUGGUUGUGUCUGACUUCACACAGAAGUCUUCAGUCAACGUGCUGUUGACAAACCUCAUCAAGGGGAAUCUGCUUCCCUCGGCUCUCGUCUGGAUAACUUCCAGACCUGCAGCAGCCAAUCAGAUCCCUCCUGAAUGUGUUGACAGGGUAACAGAAGUACGAGGUUUCACUGAUGCCCAGAAGGAGGAGUACUUCAGAAAGAGGAUCACUGAUGAAGAGCUGUCCAGCAGAAUCAUCUCACACAUCAAGACCUCCAGGAGCCUCCACAUCAUGUGUCUAAUCCCAGUCUUCUGCUUGAUCACUGCUACAGUUCUGGAGCACAUGUUGACUACAAACCAGACAGGGGAGCUGCCCAAGACCCUGACUGACAUGUACUUACACUUCCUGCUGGUUCAGACAAAGAGGAAGAAGCAGAAGUAUGAUGAUGGACAUGAGACGAGUCCACAGGAGCUGAUGGAGGCUGACAGGGAUGUUCUUCUGAAGCUGGGGAGGCUGGCGUUUGAACAGCUGGAGAAAGGAAACAUCAUGUUCUACCAAGAAGACCUGGAGCAGUGUGGUCUUGAUGUCACAGAGGCCUCGGUGUACUCAGGAGUUUGUACAGAGAUCUUCAAAAGAGAGUGUGUGAUCUUCCAGAAAACAGUCUACUGCUUCGUUCAUCUGAGCAUUCAGGAGUUUCUGGCUGCAGUCUACAUGUUCCACUGUCACACCAACAGGAACAAAGAGGUACUAGAAGCUUUCCUGGGAAAAAAACAUGUGGAUUCAACUAUGGAUGUCUUCCUGAUGGGAGUAAUGACAAAAUCCCUGAAUAGUAAAAAUGGCCACCUGGACCUCUUUGUCCGCUUCCUUCAUGGUCUCUAUCUGGAGUCCAACCAGAGACUCUUUGGAGGCCUGCUGGGUCAGACAGACAACAGACCAGAAAUCAUCCAGAGAGCCAUCAGCAACCUAAAAAAGAAGAAGACAAAAAUCUCUCCUGACAGAAGCAUCAACAUCUUCCACUGUCUGAUGGAGAUGAACGACCACUCAGUCCAUCAGGAGAUCCAAGAGUUCCUGAAGUCAGAGGACAGAUCGGAGAAGAAACUCUCUGAGAUCCACUGCUCAGCUCUGGCCUACAUGCUGCAGAUGUCAGAGGAGGUUCUGGAUGAGUUCAACCUGAAGGAGUACAAAACAACAGACGAGGGACGACUGAGGCUGCUUCCAGCUGUGAGGAACUGCAGAAAGGCUCUGCUUACUCAUUGUAAACUCUCAGAUGCUCACUGUGAAGUUUUGGUCUCUGUUAUGAAGUCCAACCCCUCCCAUCUGAGAGAGCUGGACCUGACUGGGAACAGGGAACUGAAGGAUUCAGGAGUGAAGCUGCUGUCUGCUGGACUGGAGAGUCAACACUGUAGACUGGAGACUCUGAGCUUGACUUACAGCAAUAUGUCAGAGGUCAGCUGUGGUUAUCUGGCCUCGGCUCUAAAGUCCAACCCCUCCCAUCUGAGAGAGCUGGACCUGAGCGACAACAACAAGCUGCAGGAUUCAGGAGUGAAGCUGCUGUGUGAUUUUCUGGAGAGUCCACACUGUAGACUGGAGACUCUGAGAUUGAGGACCUGCAGUUUGUCAGAGGUCAGCUGCGGGUAUCUGGCCUCAGCUCUGAAGUCCAACCCCUCCCAUCUGAAAGAGCUGGAUCUGAAUAAAAACAAGCUGGAUUCAGGACUGAAGCUGCUGUGUGGUUCUCUGGACAAUCCACAAUGUGGACUGGAGACUCUGAGAUUGAGCGAGUGCAGUUUGUCAGAGGUUAGUUUUGUGUCUCUGGCCUUGGCUCUGAAGUCCAACCCCUCCCAUCUGAGAGUGCUCGAGUUGGAUUACAACAAGCUGCAGGAUUCAGGAGUGAAGCUGCUGUGUGGUUUUCUGGAGAAUCCACAAUGUGGUCUGGAGAUUCUGAGAUUAACUGACUGCAGUUUGUCAGAGAUCAGCUGUGAUUAUCUGGCCUCUGCUCUCAAGUCCAACCCCUCCCAUCUGAGAGAGCUGGAGCUGAGUGACAACAACCUGCAGGAUUCAGGAGUGAAGCUGCUGUGUGGUUCUCUGGAGAAUCCACAAUGUGGACUGGAGACUCUGAGAUUGCGUAUCUGCAGUUUGUCACCGACCAGCUGUGAUUAUCUGGCCUCAGCGCUGAAGUCCAACCCCUUGCAUCUGAGAGAGUUGGAGCUGUGGGGAAACAAAUUGGAGGAUUCAGGCGUGAGGCCACUAUCUGAACUUGUGGAGAGUCCAAAAUAUCGACUGGAGACUGUGAGGCUGACUUUUCUAUAGAGCUCCUCCGUUGGAUCUUCUGGAGCCGUCGUCUGUCUGCCGUCUCACCUUCAUCUCCACCAACAUCACAGUCAUCGCCUGGGUUGGACAUUCACUGUAAAAGAGGGCGGCUUUAUUUGCAUUUUAUUAAUUUUUUGUUCUAUUUAUUUGAACUGAACGUUUUUUGAACAUUUAAGAUUUUGUAAUAUUAUUAAUAUUGUUGCAGUUCCUUUGUUUACUUACUGAACUUGUUGACAGGUAGUCUGGUUACAUUUAUUUUCACUGGUUUUAACAUUCUCAUAUUGAUAUUUGUAUUGUGGGAUACUGUUACCUAUACCCUAUACUUUAUACGCGGUCAGUCUAUGUGCGUCAUUUGGGUGGAUGUUUCUAUCUAUUUAGUAGUCUGACUGUUCGAUACGAUGGAUGAUAGAUAACGUUAGCAUUUACUGACUAAUUAACUGGAUACAAACUGGCUCCUCUUCCUCUGUUUCAUUCCUCUCCUGUCGCUAUUUUACUUUUAAGAUACUGAGAACUACUGUUAUGGUUAUUGUUACUAUUGUACAAUAUAUGUAAAAACCAAUACACUUUUUAUUCAAUUGGA